AUGACCAAAGAUCAAGAAAUUCAAAAUGGGGGGCCUCCACCUGGUUUCCAUCUUCUAACCAGGGUAGGGAUUAGGAGCUUUGGCACAUGUCGAACCCUUGUUUUGAUCCUCACUUUCAUCGCGUAUGCAUGCUAUCAUGCUUCUCGUAAGCCCACAAGCAUUGUAAAGAGUGUGUUGGAUCCUGAAGCCACCAAGAACAAAAGCUUCCUUAACCUUUACAGCCCAUCUCCCAACUUUAAACCAUGGCCAAUUGGCCAAGUUUUUAUUAGAAACUAUGGAUUAGUGGGCAUUGAUAACCGGACUGAAAUUCAGAAAAACUUGAGCAUUGGAAAGUUGGGUAGCAAAGGCUGGGCUCCCUUUAAUGGAGAAGAUGGGACUGCUAAAUUGGGCGAGAUAGAUGUGGCCUUUUUAUCAUUCUAUUCUUUGGGAAUGUAUGUAGCAGGCCAUCUCGGUGACAGGCUCGAUCUCAGACUUUUCUUAACAAUUGGGAUGAUGGGUAGUGGGAUUUUUGUUGGGCUUUUUGGAAUGGGCUAUUUCUGGAACAUCCACUCAUUCGUGUUCUAUUUAUUGAUGCAAAUUAAUGCUGGUUUGUUUCAGGCUACUGGUUGGCCUUCUGUUGUUGCAGUUAUAGGGAACUGGUUUGGAAAGAGGAAGAGAGGGCUCAUAAUGGGUAUAUGGAAUGCUCAUACAUCAGUGGGAAAUAUAAGUGGGUCUCUUCUAGCUGCUAGUGUUUUGCAACAUGGGUGGGGGUGGUCCUUUAUUCUUCCUGGUGCUUUGAUAUUUUGUGGAGGGAUAAUGGUUUAUCUUUUUUUGCCUGCUUACCCUGAAGAUGUGGGCCUUCCCUCUCCAUAUAGGUUCAAAGCUCAUGGUGACGAAGGAAGAUCUGAUACAAAAGAUGGGGUACUUGAUAUAGAAAGGGGAUCUAUUGAUAGAAAUGAUAAGGGAGCAGUCGGAGAUAAUAGGAGAAGUGAAUCAAUGAUUAGGAAGACAAGUGCGGUUGGGCUUAUUGAAGCUUGUAUGAUACCUGGGGUGAUUCCAUUUGCUCUUUGUUUGUUUUUCUCAAAGCUCGUGGCUUAUACCUUCCUAUAUUGGUUGCCAUUUUAUCUGAGUCAGACAGAGAUUGGUGGAGAAUACAUGUCAGUUAAGUCAGCCGGGAAUCUUUCCACACUGUUUGAUGUGGGUGGAAUAGUGGGUGGGAUUCUUGCAGGCUAUAUAUCUGAUAGGCUUAAUGCACGAGCUAUCACAGCAGCCAGUUUUAUGUACAUAGCCAUUCCUUCACUUAUCCUCUAUCGGUCAUAUGGGAGUGUUUCAAUUUCGUUGAAUGUCAUUCUUAUGAUGAUAAGUGGAUUGUUCGUUAAUGGACCAUAUGCCCUCAUAACCACAGCUGUCUCAGCUGAUCUUGGGACCCAUAGUUCUCUUAAAGGAAAUUCAAGAGCAUUAGCAACUGUAACUGCUAUUAUUGAUGGAACUGGUUCAGCUGGGGCUGCUUUGGGCCCUCUUCUUACGGGGUUUAUUUCGAGGAAAGGAUGGAAUGCAGUUUUCUAUAUGCUUGUCAUUGCAGCCUUAAUAGCUGGCCUUCUUUUGUCAAGCCUUGUUUGUUCUGAAAUUCGUGAAAAACUACAUGAAGGGAAAUCUAUAUCUCCUGAAAGGCGAGCACAACAACAUAGUGGAGGUUCUGCUACUGAGCCAUUGCUAGGAGAAUAAAAGUGAAAUAUAGUCCACAUGAUUGGAGCUGCAGGGCUCUGUAAACUUUCUGUAUCUUCUCACAUGGGCAUAUAGAUCCAGAGAGAGGAUUGAAAAUAAUAGUAAAUAUCAGAUAAAGAUUUGGGGUUUGUUAAUUUAUAAAAGAAUGGCUUUUAUCUGCCACUUUUGUUUCACCAUUUUGUUGUGAUCAUCAAUUCCUAAUGUUGUACACAUGUACCGAUUUAAAUUAUCUAGUACCGAUUGUCUUCAAUUUUUCAAAUUACAGUUGUAUAACAGUUUCCUUCGUGUGAGUUUUGGAAUUUUGCAGAAGAACCUCUCCGAUGGCAUGUUGAAUUUGUUCUUGAACAUCAGUGUAUUGUCCAACAAGGACUUCAUAUCAUAUGUACUUGAUGUUCAAUUGUAGUUUU